AUGCGGACAACACUUGUUACUUUCUACUUCCUGGCUGCCAUACUCUCCUCUUGUGGAAUUUACGCGGCUCUCAAUGAUACGACCAGACAAAUUGUGGCUGAUGCGCUUUUCGAGGCUCUGAAUAGUGUGGACUCGGCAGCUACGACUGAACCGUCCGUGGCCGAUGGUUCAAUUGUUUCUUCGCAAAUCGCCAACGAUGCUUCAAAGAAGUUGCAGUUCACUGGUGAUGUGUUAGAAGUGGCCACUCAAAUUCUUGUUUCCAAGUACGGAGUCGGAAUUUUGGGGGAUGCCAACGAAGUACUCGAGGAGCUCAACUCGGGAGACGCUGAGGGCAGGAAGAAAAGAAAUGUUAAUGAGGAUGCAAAUGUAAACAGCUUUAUUUCAAGACUGCGGGUCAAGAGAGAGGCCACAUCGUCGGACUACAGUAACCCAACUACUAAUCAAACGUGCAAAGGACCACCAACAAGCUGCUCUGACCCAACUCACGAUCGUAUUCGAUCAAUCACAGGUUACUGCAACAAUCGUGCAAAGCCAACGCAAGCAAACUCGGUGACUGCAAUCAGAAGACUGCUUGGAACAACCAGCUACUCCGAUGGUCUUCAAGUGAUCCGCAAUUCGUCGGUCACCGGUUCGGAGCUUCCAUCUACUCGCCUUGUUUCUAAUAAGCUUCAUGACGAGGGCUCAACGCCAAACUUCUCUCCGUCGGUUAACCAUCUCCAUAUGCAAAUCGGCCAGUUUAUUGCACAUGAUAUCAUCUUCAUGCCGUCUUCGGUCGGUAAGUGGUACUUUUUGGAUGAUUCAAUUUCAUAAUUUAGACUGUACUCUACAAGCGCUUCCAAGUUAAUAAAUUUUCAGCAAAGGACGGUUCGAGUCUGAAUUGCACUUCAUGCUCUUCGCCAACUAAUAUCUCUUCCAACUGUGCUCCAAUUCCUGCUCCAUCCGAUGACAAGUACUUCUUUCCCAUCUCUAAAACCGAGCCGAGAUGCAUUCGUCUUACUCGUGCUCUGAACGGACAAUCCGGAUUUGGAGUUCGUACUCAAAUUGAUCAGAACACUCAUUAUCUGGAUAUGUCUACUGUUUACGGAUCUGCCGAUUGUGAAGCCGAGACUGUCAGAAGCUUCCAGAAUGGUCUGCUCAAAACUUAUAUUGGAAUCGGGUACGUUCUGCCACCACAGAACCCGAAUGACACUAACUGUCAGUCGAAGAAUCCAUACUAUUGCUUCACGGCUGGAGAUUUUAGAAACUGUCUUCAUCCGGGACUUUUGCCACGUAAGAUGUUUUGUUUGUUUAUGAUGCAUACUUUUUCAAAUUCCAGUUCACUCUGUUUUCAUCAAGGAGCACAACCGUCUUGCCGCUAAAGUGAAGACAGCUCAGCCCUCUUGGAAUGACGAGCAAAUCUACCAGUUCGUCCGAAGAAUCAUGGUUGCUCAAUGGCAGCACAUCGUGUACAACGAGUAUCUUCCAAAGUUGCUCACCGACAAAUAUUUGACUGAUUUCAAUUUGAAACCGUUGCAACCUGGAAGUGGACCAUUCACAGGAUAUAACACAUCUAUGGAUGCCUCUUUGAGUGGAGAGUUUGCCGCUUCCGCAUUCAGGUUUGGACACAGCCAAUCGAGACAAGAUUUUGCCCGACAAGAUGCUACCAACAAGUCGCUUGGAGCUUAUGACCUUGGCUAUAACAUCUUCUAUUCCGAUCAGAUGUACAAUACGAAUGCGGGAGGCUGGCAGACAGUGCUAAUGGGACUUAUCAAAACUGCAGCAAUGCAGGUCGACAGAUACUUCUCCUUCCCGAUUCGAAACCAACUAUUCGAAAUCCGCGGGCAAAAUGCUUCUGGAGUCGAUCUCAUUUCUGUGAACAUUAUGCGAGGACGUGACGUCGGACUUCUUCCGUACGUCAAGUACCGUACUCUUGUCGGAUUGACUGCAGUAAACGCCUGGACUGAUCUGUCUUCCACCUUCUCUGCUGCUAAUUUGGCUGCUUUGAAAACGGUUUACGCAGAUCCGGCCGACAUCGAUUUGUACUCUGGCAUUGUAAUGGAAACCCCACUUUCUGGCGGACAACUCGGUCCAACUGCUUCAUGGAUUAUUGCGGAGCAGUUCAGAGCUCUGAAGACUGGCGACCGAUUCUACUAUGAAAACCAGGUGACGAACACGGUCGGAUUCACUCCCACUCAAAUCGAUGCUAUUCGUCGCGUGAAACUUGCCAAAAUCUUUUGCGAGAAUACAGAUAUCAUCACUAGCAUAAAUUCGAACAUAUUCGACCUGUAAGUUGUCCAAACGAUUCUCCUGAUCAUAAAAGAUGGUUUUCAGGAAUAGCAACCAAGUCACCUGCACAUCAAUUCCGGACAUUGAUCUGAAUUUAUUCUUCUGAGAAAAUGUAGUGAUGUUGAACAGAUUGUAUUAAUUGGAAAUUGAAAUAAAAGUGUUCUGCGUUGCCAUUGUGUUUAAAUUUUUUAACAGAAAAAUUUCUGGAUAUUGCGUUGAGAGAGUACAUUGACAUGAACGUUCAGGUUCACUGUCUGCCCGGUCUUUCUAGAAUGUUUUCUACGACUGAUCACGAAACAAAUUUGAAGUACUUCAAAUGACAAUUGAUCACUCGGUUCGACCAUCCAGCCGUUUUGAACGACUGGGUUGAGAUUUUUGUUUGGAAUCUGUAGACAAAGAGUCACAUGGAAUGUCGUACGAGAAUAGAAACAAUCGCACGUCGUUCAGCUUGGUUUGGGAAGAUGGUCACCGUGAUGACGACAUCCUGAAAGAUUAUUGCACGAAUUCUCGAUGAGUUUCAUUUGUGCCCGGUUCAUUCUUUCCCACUUCCCUUGUUAUUCACACCCCUGUCCCAUGUGUAUCACAUUAAAACUCAAACAAUAACAAUUACAGUAUGAAUAAUGGCUUUUUUACCCUUAAAUUCCCACUGAUGAAAGUUGGUAAACAUUGGCUUCAUCGCUCUCUCAUUCGGAAGAGAGAGAGAAAGAACAGAGUGGCUAAUGGCCUCACCGGUAUUCCACUCUUUUUCUGCUCUUUCGUCACUCUCUUCUACUUUCACCUUGAGUCACACGACAACGCUACUCUGUGCGUAUGUUGUGCUAUCCAACCAGACGGACUUUCUGUGCGAGAAGGCAGAGAGCGCGCCUCAUUCCCUCCUUUUUCCAAUAUCCCGAUUGUAAAUUUGGCAACUUUGGAGAGAUGAAGGACGAAGGAUUGCAAAAGACCUUCAUUCAUUUGAUUUGUACUCGCUGAUAUUUAACUAAUUUCAAGGUUUCUACAUUAUGAGUAACAGUGUCCGGUAAUGAACAGUUAUCAAAAUAAGGCUUUCAGAGUGUCGUGACUCGAUCAGUAGUCUAUUUCGCAGAAUGGAUCGUUGUGCAGAGACGUUUCAGAUGAAGCGUGGAAAGUUACAUACGUGCUCGUUUCGUUGCUUCCUUUUUUUGCAUCAAUUGCAGCGCGAAUCGUAUCGUAUCGUCUUUUCUCGUCGUACUGUGUGCCUUCCUUUUUUUGAGUGUGCCGUGUUUUGUUCUGCUUUAACCCUUUUCACACCUAAUAUUCGAAACAAUUAUUUCAGUGAGAUGUCGUCUCCACAAUACGAGCUCAACGAGCAAACAACGCGCCAGUGUUGCGCCGUUCACCAUGCCGAAGACAUUGGAAAUCAGGUCCGCGCGUUCGCGGUGAGUUUCAAUCCACAAUCGAUACGUCACAACUGCUUUUCAGACGCAUUUCAACGCGCACAUCAGACCACAAUUGGUCGGUGCAGAACGGCGUGUCCAGAAAGUACGCCACACUCUGACAAAGAUGAUGCGACUGUGGCCACUGGUGAGCCGGAACUGUCAAAAUUUAACCGAGCGUUGAGGGAGACAUUGUUUCAGGUUUGCGAAACCGCGCUGAAGAUGGAAUGGCACUUUUUCGAUAACAGAGAUCAGUUCCUUCGCCGCGUCAAGGUUGAAAAACGCAUGAUUUGCACGUAUUGAAAAUCAUUUUUAGAAGUACAUUCUUCUCGGAAGACGCUGCGUCCGUCGUCUGAACCGGGCGGUCGACAAAAACUCAGUGGAAGCUUUUCCAGAGAACGAAGUUACCCUUCCUCCGAAUCUGAUCAUGUACCACCAUCGUGCUCCGAACAAUCACACCAUCUGA